UUUUUAGACACCGACGUGUUGUGGUCGGUAUCCUCGCUGCGUUUUUGUUUUCUAUUUAUUUGUGGAUAUAUUUCAGAUUUGUGUGACAGAAUUUAUUGUUUGUGACAUCGUAUCACUUCUGCUGCCUUGGAGUUUUAAACAUUUCCUUUAGGGCCGUCUCCUUACUUUUAGAUAAUGAUGAAAAAUAACUGAUUACCUGGGCAGUUAAACUGCUGUAGUGGCAGAAACAAAAUGAUGAGAGAAGGAGCAUCGACUUUUCUUGUUCUGCUAGUGGUAUCUAUAGUCAAAGAAAGCACCUCGACAGAGAGAAAGCAAGAAUGCAAAGGACGAAUUAUUCAUAAUCAAAAGACCAUUGACUGUAGUCAUCGAAACCUGUCAUAUAUUCCAAAGACUGAAAAACACGUUAUGGACUUGAUUUUAAGCUACAAUGAUUUAAGAAACAUCUCAUCUGAAACAUUUGGAAAUGUAAGCGAUCCGGACAGUCUGAUUAGCCUCGAACUUGAUCAUAACAAUAUUCAGAACGUUUCUCUAAGGGCCUUUGAUAACUUUCAAAAUUUGAAAUACUUACAUCUGUCAUACAAUCCAAUAUACUACGGAAAUAUGAAAAAUCUGUUAGGUGAUUUGUCUAACUUGAAAUUUCUUUCACAUCUUGUUAUGAGUGGGAUUGGUACCAUAACAAUUCAAAAAGAUUUGUUUUGCUUGAUGAGAACAAACAGGAUAGAAACACUAGAUGUUGCAUUUUACAACAUGAAAACAGUCUCUAUGGACUCCUUCGAGAAUUUCAACAGUUUGACAGCUUUGUAUUUAAACGACAAUCAUAUUGAAAAUAUAAAACUUUCUCAAAGUAAGCAUUUAAAAAACUUAUACCUUAACUACAAUCAGCUUAAGUCAUUCCCAGACUUUUCUAUCGAUGGAAGUGAAAAGGAUUGCUACUUCCCUAACCUUAAGACUCUCGCUGUUGUAAGUAAUGAUAUUAAAGAAAUUGGUUUCGACAAUUUUAAAUGUUUAUUGAAAUUGAAAUCACUUGAACUUGAUCAAAACCCCAUAAAAGUAUUACCAAACAACCUCUUGUCAAAAUUACCAAACCUUGAAUCACUGCAGCUUAGGUUUCUACGCGGAAACAGUCUGACAGUCAAGCGAUUGGCUUUCAAAUCAGCAUCACUCAUAAAAUUACAACUAGAAUUUAACAGACCUGCGACAGAAGUGUUUGAAUCUUUCACUGACACGUUUAGAUUUUUGCCAAAUUUGAAAAGUUUAGGUUUGGGGUUUAUGAGUAUGCUACUAUUAACUAACCAGCAAUACUCAGCAUUAUUUUCACCACUCGCUAACAUCAGUUCGUUUAAGUGUUUUGCAUGUCAGAUUUCGCAGGAUCCAAAAAUCAUCUUGAAUCAUAUGAGAAAUAUUAUUAAAUUCAAUCUUCAGUCGAAUCGAAUUACAACAUUAAGUGAUGAAACAUUUAAGAACAAUAAGCACUUGCGGUAUCUCAGUUUAAGAUAUAACGACAUUGCACAUGUACAAGAGUCGGUCCUACCAAUGUCACUUCUCAAUAACUUACAUUCACUAGAUCUCAGUCAAAAUCCUUUCGUUUGUAACUGUAACCUGGAAUGGCUCAUCAACUGGAUGAGAACAAAGCAAGGUGAUCUAACAUGA